UGUUGCCGUGUCUAUUAUGUGUGCCAAUGCUUUUGAUAAGAUAAGGACAGCAAGGAACGUUUAAAAGAUACAUGUCGCGGUUCUUUAAGGUGGUGACUACGACACAAUUUGAUAAAAAUGCAGCUCGUGCUUAUAAUAGCGCUUAUAAUUGGCAUCGCAGAUGCAAACACGUUAUCCGUCUGUCCUAACGGCUGGAUAGCGUACGAGGGUUCCUGUUAUCUUUUUGGACAUGAGGAUAUUCCGAUGACAUUCACAGCGGCUGAGCAAUACUGCCGUCAACAUGGCGGCGGCCAUCUUAUACACGUGGAGAACGUUCAGGAAAAUGCAUUCAUCAAGGACCAACUUCGUGAACGCAAACCAAUCCAUUGGUGGCUGGGCAUCACUGACGAAGAAACGGAAGGCAUUUGGAAAUGGUUUGACGACGACAGUGUCGCUACGUACACAGACUUUCAGCCGGAUGACCACGAUACUCUCGACCAGGAUUGUUUGAUAUUUACGUCCGUAUAUGAUUUCCGUUGGGCUGACGUGCAGUGUUCAUAUAAGUUUCCACCAAUAUGUGAAAUAAGAUCGGAACACAUCGAGCCAGGAGUUGUUGGUUAACACAUAAACAGCUACCUAAAAUAUUGGAAAAUGUUGUAUUUCAACCGUGUCCCAUAGACUAGUGUGUUCGUGUAUUUUCAUUGGAUGCAUUCAAUUUUUGAAAUUAAACGAUAACAAUAUA